CCGCAAACCCGUUGUCGAGAUGGAGCUUGGCGCCAUCGGAUCCGCUAAGCCUUCGGCGUUCUCCUCCAUCUCUCCGAUCAUUGUCUCUAUCCCCAUCGCAGCAGCGAGAAAGGCGAGACGGAGCGGCGUUUCUCGGCGGGAAGGGCUUGUGAGAGAGCCGAAGAAGGACCUUUCUCGGAUCCUUCGAACAGAGGCUGCGGUCCUUGGCGUCGAACGGAAGUCUGGCUCCGGGAAGCAUCGGAACCUCUGGCCUCGUGCUGUUCUUGAGGCUCUCGAUGAUGCCAUUGCCAGUAAUUGCUGGGAAUCCGCUCUCAAGAUUUUUGGAUUGCUCCGAAGGCAGCAUUGGUAUACUCCAAAAGGCCAGACCUAUUCGAGGUUGUUGAUGAUGCUUGGGAAGUGCAGGCAGCCAGACAUGGCGGCAUCACUCUUCCAAAUCAUGCUUUCUGAAGGUUUCAAACCUACAUUAGAUGUCUACACAUCACUGGUUGGUGCAUAUGGCCACAGUGGUCUGUUAGAUAAGGCAUUCGAAACCUUGGACGAAAUGAAAACCAUUUCUGAUUACAAACCUGAUGUGUACACUUAUACAAUCCUUAUCAGCUCCUGCUGCAAACUGCAUCGCUUUGAUCAGAUACCCACAUUGCUUAGGGAAAUGUCUUACUUGGGAGUUGAAUGCAGUGUUGUUACUUAUAACACAAUAAUAGAUGGAUAUGGUAAAGCUGGUAUGCUUGAAGAAAUGGAGAAUUCUCUUUCUGAAAUGCUUGAAAGUGGAAGUUGUCUCCCUGAUAUUUUCACUAUGAAUACGGUUAUAGGGGCUUAUGGAAAAAGUGGGAAAAUUGAUAAAAUGGAAGGUUGGUAUAGUGAGUUUCAGCACAUGGGCAUUGAGCCUGAUGUAAACACAUUCAAUAUCUUGAUAAGGUCGUAUGGUUUAGCUGGUAUGUAUGAGAAAAUGGAUGCGGUUAUGAAAUUUAUGGAGAAAAGGUUUUUUUCUCCCACAGUAGUAACCUUUAAUAUAAUAAUUGAUUGUUUUGGGAGAAUGGGCGACAUAGAAAAAAUGGAGCACUUUUUCCGAUCAAUGAAAUAUCAAGGACUUAAGCCUAAUUCUAUCACAUACUGCUCACUUGUCAGUGGAUAUAGCAAAUCUGGGUUUCUGGAGAAGAUUCCUUUGAUUAUCAGGCAAAUAGAAAACACUGAUGUUGAUCUGGACACAGCAUUUUUCAACUCUGUUAUUAAUGCCUAUGGUCAGUCUGGAGAUAUAAGCAUAAUGGAAGAAAUGUUUUCACUGAUGAAGGAAAAGAAAUGUAUUCCUGAUAGAAUCACCUUUGCUACUAUGAUUAUGGCAUACAGUAAAAGAGGUAUGGUUGAAGCUGUUCAAGAAUUGGAGAUCAAGGUGCAUAAAAUGGAUGAAAAAGUUUUGGGACCUGGUUAACACGUGGUGCAAUCACAAGGGUGCAUACAUAUGUGAAUCUACCAGAUGUGCAUUGAUUUUUCGAAUGGCAUUUCAACCACUGACUAUUCAGGCACAGAUCUUAUCUCAUCUUACUCUGAUGAGUCUGAUCAUGAUCUUCAUUGUCAGUAGCAUGGCCAGGGCUUCGGAACGAGAUUCCCAGUUAUGAAAAUUUUCUGUCCGAGUCAUCUUGAUUCUUGACAAAACAAGUGGUCAAGGAUCGGAGAGACAAUGUUCGGCUUCAAAUGACUCACAGUGACUGCAGUAAAAAAAGGUUAAAUACAGUGCACAAGGUCAACUACAGAUUAAUAGGUGAGGAUUGAGCCUAUCAGUGGAAAUGAAGUGUUAAUGAAGCCCCCAUAGCUUUGUUUUGUUCAAUUAUUUACUUAAAUGAACUGAUUAUCAUUUAGAAUCUUAAAGAAGGCUCUUUCCAAAGGGGCAUUCUAUUGAUGUGUCGUCUUUGAUGAAGAGAUGAUAGCAGGGAAGCAUGUUAACGGCAUUUUCAGGGAUCAACCAAAGUUAACAGAAUAACCUUCCCUUUUUCUUUUUUGUUUUAUUACAUUUUGUCAGAGGGCAAUUCUUUAUGAGUUCACUGUUAGUAUAAGUGGAAAAAGUGGAGAUUAUAUAAA